UCGGAAUUAGUCGCAGUUUGCUGUUAGUCAUGUGACGAUGCAUCAACAACUUUUACCACCUUGCACGUGAGAAAGAAAUAUAUAAGAUCGUGGUCAUGUGAUAAUAUAUCAGAAAGUAGAGGGUUAGAGCUCGUGAAUACGCCUCUCUUCUGCCAUCGGUUUCAAAGCUACCAUGUAUCUUAGAUUUAUCUUGCUGGUUAUUUUCGUGGUCGUCGUAGACGAGGCACUGUCCCUUGGUAUAAAUCAUUGGAAAUUUAGAGAAAAAUUACAGGAAUACAGAAGACAAAGAUUACAUUUAGAAGUCCACCGUAAACUUGGUGGGAAAUUCCCUGAUGCUGUUUCUGAUAUUUUCCCUGCUGAGUACUUGACACAGCCAUUGGAUCACUUCGAUUCUGAAAACAGGGCAACCUACAAACAGAGGUAUUGGGUGAACUCAGGGAGCUGGAUGAAGAAGCAAGAUGGCCCUGUAUUCUUGUUCAUUGGUGGAGAAAGUGGACUCUCUGAAUUUGAUGUUAUUAUGGGAGAACAUGUGCAGCUUGCUGAGAAGUACAGUGCUUUAAUUUUUGCUGUUGAACAUCGGUUUUAUGGAGACAGUCUCAAUGAUGAUGGACUGGAGCUGAAGAACCUCAAGUUUCUUUCCAGUCAGCAGGCACUUGCUGAUCUUGCAUCAUUUUAUGAACAUGCUGUCAAUAAGUACAAUUUAACAGAGAGAAACACGUGGAUCUGUUUUGGUGGGUCUUACCCUGGGGCACUAUCAGCCUGGUUCAGAUUAAAGUACCCACAUAUUGUGUAUGGUGCCAUAGCUUCUUCAGCCCCAGUCAGAGCUCAAGCCAACUUUGAAGGCUACAAUGACGUGGUGGCCAGCAGUCUAGCUGAUCCUGUGGUGAAGGGUUCGCAGGAGUGUGCGUCAGCAGUGAGGAAAGCAUUCAGUCAAGUUGAUGACAUGCUCAAAAGAGGGCAGCACAGACACCUUGCUGAGGACUUCCAGUCCUGUGGAGACAUCUCCUCUCACUAUGACACUGUCACAUUUGUGAGCAACCUUGCUGACCACUUCAUGAGUGUGGUACAGUACAAUGGAGAGAUGCCCAAUGUAAAUAUCAGCAGACUCUGCCAGAUGAUGACAGGAUCCAGUGACCCCUAUUAUAAUCUGAUGACUAUUAACAAGAUGAUGUUGAAUGCCACGGAGGAGAAGUGUGUGGACAACUCAUGGGCUAAUUACACCAAGAAGCUGAGCAAUGUGACAGUGACCAGGGGAGACACAGGGAUGAUGAGACAAUGGACGUUCCAGACAUGCACACAGUUUGGAUACUAUCAGACCUGUGAUGAAGGUAGCAGGUGCCUGUUCUCACACCAGAUGGACUUCCAGUCAAACCUGGACAUCUGUCAGUCUGUGUUUAACAUCCCUGGGGAGGAGGUGGCCAGGAGGGUGGACUUCACUAAUGCUUACUAUGGAGCAGACAGACCCAAGGGAAGCAGAAUUGUGUUUGUGAAUGGCUCCAUAGAUCCUUGGCAUGCCUUGAGUGUACUAAGAAACCAGAGUUCCACUGAGGUGGCCAUCUUCAUUAAUGGUACUGCUCACUGUGCUAACAUGGAGUCUGCAGUGCCACAGGAUCCUCCAGCUUUAACACAGGCCAGACAGAAAAUUUCCGACAUAAUUGGAGAGUGGCUGAGAGAUGCUUCAGGACAUGCAGGCAAGAAAGAUCCCAAUACUUUAUAUUUUCAGAAACUCUAAAAACAGAUUGAAAAAUAAUCCUCAUAGAAAUUGCAACAGCUCCUCUGGAGAUGGACCCUGUGAUAUUUAAAUCAUACAGAUACAUUGGAAUUAUUUUCAUGUGUAAGUGAUUUGAACUAAGUCAGGUGUUUUAAUGAUUUUAACCAUGUCUAUGAAAAGCUACACAUUUGCAUCAAGAUAUUCUAUAAUGAAAGACUCACUAUUGAAAUAUUGUGAUGCGCAUUGAUCAUAUUAGUAUGUCUAGUCUUUCAGUAAUGCAGGACUGUCAUAAUUUGCCAUUCAUUACCAUGAUUCAUGAAGAUUGUCAAGUUGCACUGUGAUCAGAAGGUUGUCUGCCUUUCUGUUGACUGUUUAAUAGUGUUAUAGCAUUUUAUUAUUACUAUGCACUUUUUGUGUUUUAUAACAUAGAGUGAACAUUUUAGAAACAUUUUAUUAAAAUUUAAAAAUGCAUUUGCACAUCUAUUUAUGAAGCUGUAUUUAUAAAAUGCAUUUGCACAUCUUUUUAUGAAGCUGUAUUUAUAAUCUUAAGUGUUCGGAGAAAUUUUGUUUUACAAGAAACUUUGAAACAGCUGCCUUUAUUUCUUAUUGCAUGUAUAGCAUAUUAAACCAAUGGUGCUUGAAACGCAUCUUCAUGAUUGUCCAUUUACUCUUUUAUUUGUAAUAAAAUGUUCUAAAAUAGCUAAACAACAGUUU